CCGACUGGCCACACUUCGCUCUGAAAUUCAACGUGCUUGCGACCGCUCGGCAUUUUGCUCUAAAAAAAAACCAAUCGAAAUGGGCGUACAAGUUGUUCCAAUUGCUCCCGGUGAUGGCAGCACCUUCCCCAAAAAUGGCCAGAAGGUCACUGUCCACUACACCGGCACCUUGGACGACGGAACCAAGUUCGAUUCGUCGCGCGACCGCAACAAGCCCUUCAAGUUCACCAUCGGCAAGGGCGAGGUCAUCCGCGGCUGGGACGAGGGUGUUGCCCAGCUGUCGGUUGGCCAGCGUGCUAAGUUAAUCUGCUCGCCGGACUACGCCUAUGGCAGCCGUGGCCACCCGGGCGUCAUCCCGCCCAACUCCACCCUCACCUUCGAUGUGGAGCUGCUCAAGGUCGAGUAGGCUGCAUCUGUGUUUGCUCAUGUGUAUACCAACACCAACACGGACAGGCGCAAACAACACCAAAUCGGAACCAGAACAAUCCAGCAGCAUUUGAACCCAAACAACACUCAAAGCUCUAACUAGAAAUAAUUUAUCCUCAAUGGAAACGCAUCUUCUACGCAUACAAAUAAAAAUCUAUUCAAGUCAAUGACAAA